UAUCUAUGAACCUGUUUUUAACUUCUCCCGCCCAAUCUCAUUUCUCCUUGCCGAAAUAGAUAUAAAAAUUAAGAUUUCCAUACACAAAAAUAUUAAAUAAUUACUAGUUUUCAAGUCCUUAGUGCGGGUUUCAUGAUUUUAUGAUAAAGGAAGGGUUUUAUCGCCAAAACUAAAUAUGAUAAUUAGUGACAAGUGAUUUUAAGGUUAAGUUGUGUUUCUGUGAAUUUUGUGGCCAGCUUGAACGUUAUCAAUGAAGCGUCGUUUCCUCAAAGUUUUUUUUUUGAAAAACAAGGAUUGAAAUCUCUGCAAGGCAACCGUAGAAAAUAGAAAAGCCUCUGCUACAAAAAAUUAAAGUGACUAUGUAUUUGUGACUGGUAUACACAACUGUAGGCUCAAUGAAGGUUUAAAACAGGGUUUAAUAAUGGUAUCCUUGAAGAUAGACCAUCAAUUCUGCCUCAGUAAUCAAUGAGCACGUUUUUCCAUUUCUAUUGCACGAUUUGAAUAAUCAGUGAAAGAUGCCACCCAAGAAAAGAGAGAAGGAAGCAGAACCAACCAAGACACCAAGGCUGGAAAAUAUACAAGCUGAUCAUGAAUUGUUCCUUCAAGCAUUUGAGAAACCCACUCAGAUUUAUAGGUAUUUGCGCACCAGGAACUUGUGUUCACCAAUAUUCCUCAACCGUACUCUGACUUACAUGAAAUACAGGAUGUCAAGAACACAUAAGAAUCGUAAAAAUUUCAAAGUGGAUGAUAUGCUAGAAAAAAUAACCAAAGCUAAAGACAAUAAUGUGAUCCAACCUGGAUUUAUAAAUAUAACUUUUUUGGGUUUCAAUGAUGAGAAUUUGAAAUCUCAAGGUAAUGUAGCUGAAGUAGAGAUCAUACUUCUAAAGAUUAGUCACAAGAAAAGAAAAGAAAGUUCUGCACCUUGCAUGCAAGUAUCAUUAGGGACAGCUGAAGUCCCUAUCAAUCCUCAAAAUGAUUCAUUUCCUAAUACAGCACCCACAAUAAGCAUAUCUACAGAGAAAUUCAAUUCUAAUGGAGGACCCUUGGCAAAAUCUCAUAUUUUAUUGUUUAGAUUAAAAAUAAAGAAAACUGUAUCAAAUGGAACUGAGGAGCCAGAUAACAAAAGAAUUAAAAUUGAUAGUGAUAGUUCAAUGGAGCCAAUGUUAUACGGUGCAGAAUUGACUGUUUAUGACAAACACAACCGGUGUUAUCUAACAGAUGGUGAUUACGAUGUUGUUGUUCAAAAUCUGGUGAGUAACCCUUCAAAAAAGCAUUCCAAUUGGGAGAAUAUCACUGAUUUGAUGGACGCUUGUGGUAACUUGGACGCAUUUAUGAAGGAUCCUGUUUUGAAGUUUAAGCUUAAUUGGUCGUCUGAAGGACUGGCUAAAAUUGUGGAUAGACCUAAACUAUAUUCUCACCUUGAAAACAAAGAAAAUAUUCCACUAGUCCAAAUUAAGAAAUCAGAAAAAAUUCAGAUUGUAUACCAGUUUGUUUAUAACAAUAAUUCAAGACAGCAAACUGAAGCUUGUGAAGAUUUACACUGUCCUUGGUGUAGCAUUAACUGUGAUCAACUCUAUACACUACUCAAGCAUCUGAAGCUCUGUCAUUCUAGAUUUACAUUCACAUAUGUUCCUAUUUCUGUAGGUGCAAGGGUUGAUGUUGCUAUAAAUGAACUUUAUGAUGGUUCUUACACUGGUAGUCCACAUGACUUGAUUACACAGCCAACUGUUUGUACAUUUUCAAGAAAUGGGCCUGUUCGUAGGGCUUCAGUCACCCAUAUACUAGUUUGUCAUCCUAAGCGUCCAAAAUCAAGUCUAUCUGAAUUUAUAGAGCUUGAUGAUUGUGAAUAUGAUGGACAAAGACCUUUCAUCACUGGACACAAUCGACUUUAUCAUCACACAACGACAUGCCUGCCUAUUUACCCAAAAGAAAUGGAUGUUGAUUCUGAAGGAGAAAACGAUCCUGAAUGGUUAAGAAACAAAACGAUGACGAUGAUUGAUGAAUUUACAGAUGUGAACGAAGGCGAAAAAGAGCUCAUGAAGAUGUGGAACUUGCAUGUUAUGAAAUAUGGUUUUGUAGGUAAUUGCCAAAUCCCACUUGCCUGCCAAAUGUUCGUUCAACAAAAGGGGAAAGAAUUGUUACUCCGGAAUUUGUACAAAAACUUUGUUAUUCACAUGUCGAAUUUAUUUGAUUUUGGAUUAGUCAGUUCUGUUUGUAUGUAUACGACCAUUCAAAAACUGCAAGAUAUGGUAGCAGAAACGGGAGCCCUGAGUACCAUACUCAAAGAAUCCAGAGAAGCUCAAAUUGACAAUUGGUCGAAAACUGGAUGCAUUUUCAGCAAAGAAAAAUGUGUUGUGAGAACUCCGAAUGGAAGGAAAACAGGAACAUUGGGGAAUCCAAGAAGAAAAGGACUUUCUACUCCUUCAAGUGAAAAUUUUUGUAAAAGAAGUUCAGAUAUUGGAGAGCCGACAAGAAAACGUCUCUCUCUGUCUUUGAACAAAAAUGAUGUUAAACCCAAUAGCUUCCACAACAACAAGAAAAUGUCGAAACUCAAGAAGAAUUCCAAUAAAAAAACAGAUUUUCUCAAUAUUUCCAAUGAUGAUUUUGAAUCGCCAAUUGUUUUCAAGAAAUUCAAAUCAUCUAGUGACAAGCCCCCUCAACGAAUACGAAAACAAAAAAAACCUAAAGAAAAGCAGUUAACUUUGCACCAAGUGUACGAGGAAAAUUUCAGUUAUUCUGAUGUGAAUUCAGAACAUUUACAGCUUGCUCUAGCAUUAUCCAGAUCAACAUCCGAAAUGUAUAACUCCACUACAAAAGAAGAAUUUCCUUUAUCAACUCAAAACGAAGGAAGAAAAAAAACAUUGUUAGAAUUUGGCUUCAAAACUACUAGGCCAAAGUGUAGUGUAGAAAAUAAAAUAUCGAGAAAAGAACCUCUAAAAACAAACAAGAAAUCGAAAUUUCGUUAUAUAACGCCUAUUCUUAUGAUGAGGACAGAAGAAGAGAGGGAAUCUUUAAUACAAUCGAAAUUAUCAUCUAUUAUCACACAGAAUGCAAUUGUUCCUCCUGAAUAUAAACAUUCUAUUCUAGAAGUUUCAAGUGGUGAACUAGAGAAAUUGAUAUGUAGAGAAUGUUGUAUAUUUAAUUUCAACAAAAAAGUUAUGUCAUCUGAAGCACAAUUUAUAGUUUCUUCUUUAAAUAUUGAAAGGACCAGAACCAAAAAAAAUUCUCUGCUGAGAGACUGGAAGAAAAUUCCUCUUAGAGAUCAUACGCCAGAACGCCUAGGAAAAGAAACCUCAUCUUUGGAUGGUUACCCUGAUAAUAUAGAGAAUAAUCAUUUUGAAUUCUCAAAGCGUUCAUCGGCUGAGAAUAAAUUUAAUAAUGAUGAGAUCUCAAGGGUGAAUAUGCAGUUAAAGAAUUCCGACAUUGUUAUAAGUCCAGAUUUCACACAAUCAAAACAAAAUGAGGAAAGAGAUGGGUCUGUUUCACCUGAUUUAUUCGAAAACAGUGCUUCAUUCUCUGAAAAUCAAGUAUGCCCUAUAUUGUUUGAUAAUUCAGGAGAUGAUAUAGUCACUGAGAAAGAUGUGCCAGAUGGAAAUCUUCCCGAGAAAUCAAUUACCAAUAUUAGUGAAUGUGAAGAAAACUGCAAUCCUUUUACUGAUGGAAAAAGUGAAACAUUUUCAGAUGAACUCACUCUAAAAGAAGAAAAUAUCAUGCCACCUUCAUUAUUAGAGCAUGAAUUUGAAGAAAAAGCAUCAUUAUUCGGUGUUAUUGACAAUAACCAAAGAGCCAAAAAAAGAUCACAAGAAUUAUCUGAAGCUGAAAAUUCUUCGCCUGUGGAUGAAUAUAUUGUUUUGAGUUCAGAUGAAGACAUUUCCCCUUCCGAGAAUUUAGUAUUGAAAUCAUUUUCUAAAGUAGAUAAUUCUAUCAGUGUUACACCUGAGAAACCCAUUACUUCAGAUAAACGAACUAAUGGGAAUUCCAAAAAACUCUCUUAUGAAAUUGAUGAAGAUAUUCCAUUAAGAAAUGAAGGAGAUUUUAUUGAAAAUGACAGUCUUCUAAAAGAUUUGAGUAUUGAGGCAAAUAUUUUUGAAUGCGAAAAAAGAACCAGUGGAUCAUCAAGUGAAAACAAUAUUAGACUCAAACCAGAGAAUAAAUAUUGUCUAGACGAUGAAGAGGUAGAAAUUCCAUCUACUUUUCUCUCAAAAAGUACCAAACUAAAUGUUGAAGAGAAUAUUUCAAUCAGGGAUUUCCACGAGGAUAAUCUUGAAUUGAAUAAUUCGUUUGAAGGACAUAAUGACAGUAACUUGGCUCAAAUAAAGUUGUCGAAUUCUUUUAGUGAUUGUGAUUUGACAAAAAUGAACGAAUUUCAUAUAGAGAAAAAUUCAUCUAAUAAAAAUGAUUUUUCUGAAUGUAGUAAUUCUUCUAAUGAAACAUUCAGUUUGAAACUGCAUACAAAAGAUGGUGAACAUUUUGAGAGCAUAGAAUUCGAGAUGUCAAACAAUAGCCUCUCAAAUAAUUCUCUAGAUCUAGAUGACCAAAAUAUUUCAAAAAUGAAUUUAUCUGAUGCCUUCAACAAUACAGAUACUGAAGAAAAAUCUAAUUUAGAAUUGAACUUUUCAUUACAUGAUCAUGAUACUGGUAAUGAAGAAUCCAAUAUUGUGGGUGAGGAAGGAAAUACCACGGAGAUGUUGAGUGACUCUUUACUUAUUAAAAUACUUGAAGAGAAUAAUUGUUCUUAUUCUAAGAAUAAUGAAAAUGAAUCAAAAAGAAACUCUGUGACAUCCAAUAUUGAGGAAAAAUAUUCUUGGUUCGAUGUUUCAAACAUAGACAAUCAAGAUGUAAAAUUUCAAGACAUUUCGAGUUCUUCUGGCCAUGAAAGUAUAGGAAAAGAAUCAGAAGUGGUGAAGGAAAUAUAUAAUCCUGAAAAAUUGUCUGGUAAACCUACAAUGGAUAAUUUGAGUAUAGAGAAUACUGAGUUUAUUUUCGGUGAUAAUCAGGUUAAUACACCUUUGCGAAAAUCAAGGAAAACUUCCAACAUUCAUUUCAAAAAAUAUGCAAGCUUCUGCGAGAAGGAGACUCCAAAAAGCUCUACAUUCAUAAGACACAAAAGUGAAUCAAACAUAACUCCAAACAGGAAAUUCGUCGUCAAAACCGAUAAUGUUACCCCAAUGGUAGAUUAUAGUACCUUCAGUACUCCGGAGAUUGUUCAAGAACUGGGAAAGUUCGGAUUGAAACCGUUGAAGAGGAAAAGAGGAAUAAAUUUGCUGAAACACAUUUAUGAAACUACUCAUCCAAUAGUAGAUAGGCACCAAAGCGAUGCUGAUGACGCGCCCAGUGUGAAAAAAAGGAGGAGCGAUGAUAUCGACAAGCUGUCGACCAACAAUUCCCUCCAAGAGACGAAUAUGCCAGAGGUGCUGCAAACUUGGUCGGGGACUGUUUCAGAAAGUGAUGCCAUACUUGAAAGACAACGAUCUUCGAAAAUAUUUUCAUGCCAAGUCCCCCUCCAGAUUGUGUGGCACAAUUUUUUGAACAAAAAUCCUGAAAUUCUUCGAAAUGUCCUUUUAUAUGAACCCUUGCAGGUUGAAGUGAUUCAUAAAAUGCUGAAGGAUAUAGGUUACAAGUUUCAUUUACAGGACUUGAUAACAUUUCUUGACCAGAAAUGUAUAACCAUUCGAAUAGCCCAGAAUCAGCGGAAUAAAAUAGCAUGACUUUUAAUUUUGUAUGAUACUGUUUUUUCUUUUUAAAAUACUAUGUACAUAUAUAAUAUUGAGUUCCUUGUUGAUUUUAGCAUAUAAUUUAAUUUUUUUACCUAUGUCCUAUUUGGAGUGUACAAAAACAAAUAUCCAAAAAUAUAUAUAUUUAUUUUCAAUAAUCCCUAGUAUAUUCAUGCACUAUUAUUUGGGGUUUUAUAUAAUUCGGAUUGUGUAUACAAUAAUAACAAUGACAAAGUAACAGAAAACAUACAACGUUGUUUAUAAACAGAUAAUUGAUAAAAUAUUAUAUUUUAACAUACGAUGGAAGACAUUUUCGAAAAAUUGUUGGCGAGAAUAUAAUUUCUUAGGACUCUACUCUAUCCCACCUUGGAUCCCUAGGUAGGCCACUAGCUUUUCUUAAAGCAUUGGCUUCACGUAUGCGUUCCGAAGUGGAUUGCACUUUCACCUUACAUCCGUCACAAUAAAAAAAUAACGAUUGACUCUCCGCGUCCAAAAUAUUUUUUUCUUCGGUCGAUAUACCUGAACAGUUCUCGGAUUCGGUUGUACUAAAAUGUACGAUAUCCUUGCAAUCGUAACAAGUAACAUAAGCGUAAUGACGAUGUAGUUCUAUGCAACUUCUGCAAGAUCUGCAUCUACGCCAUUCCAUUUUGAACAGAACGAUGAGAUAUAACGCACCUCAAGUACAAAUGGAUUUAUUGCGACUAGUUUUGAUUUUCAAUGCGUGUUGCCGAGGAAAACGUUUUUAUAAAUCGCCUCUUUCAACUUAAAUGAUAACGCCAAUCGGUUUUUUCGAAAAAAAAAAACGAACAAUCUAAGAUCUUUCUGUUCACAGAUGCGGUAUCCGACGAUCCUAUGGUCGAAUUCAGUGAACGUCAGAUAUCGUAAUGAUACUUCAAUAUUGUAGAAUGCCUCCAUAUUACCAUAUAUUUAUUUCAUUCGCAUUACAUAAAAAAGGAGAUAUUUCAGAUUACUUAUUUUAAUUUUACAUAUAUUCAAAUUUCAAAAUACCUAUUCCACAAUGAAAGAAUUACCAAUGUAAAAAAUACUCUUUCACGAUAUCAAAAUCUGAAAAAUAUAUAAUAUAAUAAUUACAUAUGUGUGGUAAAGAAAUACAUUAUUAUAGCAUGAAAAACUGUUGAAUAAAUAUACCCAUAUUUCAUUUUUUCACUCUUCAAUGUCGAUUUCAUAAUCACUAAUAGGCCCUUGAGGACUUGUGCUUCGUAGUUGGAUUGGUUCCAGUAUAGAUUUCUCAUAAUCGAUCAUUUUACGACAAAUAUCGCACGUAAAGUACAGGACCCGAUUUGGUAAAUCCAAAAUACUUUUCUCUUCCGCACUUAUGAGGGAGCAGUUUUUGCUUGAAUUUUCACUAAAAUGUAAAUAGCAAGCGCAACAAUCACAGCAAACUAUGUCUGCUGCAUCUGGUUGGAUGCUUUUCGAACAGAUUUCACAUAUAGAGUCUUCCAUCUUGAUGCUGAUGUGGGAAAUGUUUUAUUUUUGUAGGCUGAAUAUUGAUAUCUCGUGAUGUUUUCAGACAGAUUUCCUACAUAUGUAUAUGUACAUGUAUGACUCCUUAUCAACUUGAUUGAAAAAGAUUUAAAACUGCUCAUGAGUCUCGACUUUCAACCAUUUGAUAACUUGGAACUCGUCAAUACUUGUUUCGAAAAUGAUAAAAAGUUUUCCGUAUCAUUUCUUUAAUCUUGUUCUCAAACGAUUUUGGAUUCGUAUUCGAAAUUCAAAUAUGGAUGCUUAUGCGCAUGAUUUUAUUCGAUGCAUGUUUUGAUUUGACAUGUAUCAUAUGUUCUGUGACUUAAUUAUAUCUAUGGUUCUGUGCGAUUCUUGUUUAUUUAUUUACAGGAUACCCGAUGAAUUUGACUAAUCUUUUCUAUAAGAUCUAAGAUUCAAACAUUGAAAUGAUUUCGAUAAAUGAAAUAACGUUCGACGAUUUUUCAAAAAUCUGCAGGUGUUGCCUUACUAAUAAAGGAGAAAUGGAUGCGUUUGAAGCUCAUAUAGAAAACUUUUCUCUGGCAAAUAUUAUAUAUAAUUGUACGAAUGAGUUGAUAAAUAAAACAGAUGGAUUACCAAGAAAAAUAUGCAACUCCUGUGCCCAGCAUCUUGUAAAUAUCCAUAUGUUUAUCGAAACCUUUAGAAAAGUGCAGAAUAAUAUUAGAUUUAUUCAUGAAGUACUAAAGAAUGAAAAUGAGAAUAAUAAAGUUAAUUCAGGUCAACUAACAAAAGUUGGAAUUGAUGAGACAAACCUGAAUUCUUCAGACAAUGUGGAAGAAACACAAGAUAGGAUUUCUGAACAUAUGAAUGAUGAUUCUCUUGACUUUACAGAAGAAAAAUUGUUUGAAGUAGAUGAUAAGUGUAUAAAAGAUGAGCAAGGCUUCCACAAUCUCGAUUUGACGGAGUUCAGCUCUGAUUAUCGUAUAUCAGAUGAAGAUACAACUACAGACAAAUCUGUGAAGAUUGAAGUUGAUCCACAACUGAGGUCAGGCCUGGUUAUAUUUUCUUCCAAAGCUGAGAGUAUUAGGCAGAUUAUUUCAAAACACAAUUUAGAAAAUAAUUCAAAAGAACCUAAUUUGCAGGAAGAAAGCAAAGUGGAAAAAGUUCCAGUGAAACGACCACCUCGGGAAUGUCCUGUUUGUCAUCAAAAGAUAUGCUAUUCGGGUUACAGCAAACAUCUAACAACACAUACUGGAGAGAAACCACAUCAGUGUAAACAUUGCCCGAAAAGCUUUAGACUUAUCUCAAGCCUCAAAUCGCAUAUGUAUCUGCACCUGAAUCUCAAACCAUUUAAAUGUGAUGUGUGCAAUAAACAGUUCAGACAUCGCCCAACAUUGAAAGUUCAUAAAAGGGUUCAUACAGGAGAAAAACCAUAUGUUUGCUGUACUUGUUCCAAGGGAUUUCCAACUACUUCUGCAUUGAAGAGACAUCAGAACCAGAGGCACCACAAUUUGGUAUUGUCAAAUUUUGAAGAGAAAAAUUCAUAAUACAAUCUCAACGAUAAAAAUAAAACUCUUCACUUCAAGUAA